AUGGGUAUGAACGAAAUACUCUCUACGGCGACUUACGCCACGGGAACACCAUCGAUUGUUAAAGUUGAACCAUAUACAAUUAGUUCACCAGAAAACAGUCGAACAUCGUUUGAUGAUAAUGACAUAAUCGCAUUUGGUCCUAUCAAGGUUAAACCUCGUAAGAAACCAGCACCAACAUUAGCAACUGGCCGUCGAUCAAAGUAUGAAGUUUUAAGUCCUGAAGAAGAACAAAAACGAAACAUCCGACGUGCACGCAAUCGUGCAGCUGCCGAACGUGUUCGCGUUAGUCGAUUGUCUGUCGAACAACAAUUACUCAAUCAAAUAGCCGAAUUGGAAAGUCAAGAAGCAAAAUUAUCACAAAAUGUUGAAUCACUUCAGCAUCAAAAACUACACUUAGAAACACGAUUGUUUACUCAUGAGCGCAUGUGUUCGAAUAUGACUCAAACCAAUGCAUCGAUCACUUCGAACACCGAUUUAUCAACAUUUUUUCAAUUCGAUGACAUUCAGCUUCCUUCUCAACAAUUCGAUACAAUAAGCACAAGGCAGUUAUUUCGUUGCCUUUUUUUUCAACAAGCUGGCCAAGUAUCAAUUUUCAAGUGUGUCCUUUGCUUUCAACAGUUUGUACUUUCAGUUCGAUCAAUGUACAAUUUUCCUAUUCUUGCUAGUUAUUUCAAAAAUGUCGAGCAAUAA